CGAAAACAGAGGAUUUUAAGUACUAUUCGAAAUUCGGAAGAAUUGCGUAAAGGGACCCUUGAACAACUCGAAAAAGCUCGUAUUCGAUUACAGAAAGUCGAACUGGAAGCAGAUGAGUAUCGAAUGAAUGGAUACUCUGAAAUAGAACGAGAAAAAGAAAAUUUGAUUAAUGCUACUUCUAUUAGUUUGGAACAAUUAGAAAAGUCUAAAAACGAAACCCUUUAUUUUGAAAAACAAAGGGCGAUGAAUCAGGUCCGACAACGGGUUUUCCAACAAGCUGUACAAGGAGCUCUAGGAACUCUGAAUAGUUGUUUGAAUACCGAGUUACAUUUCCGUACGAUUCGUGCUAAUAUUGGCAUUCUCGGGGCCAUAGAAUGGAAGAGAUAAUUCAAUUUAUUAGGUUUUGAACUUCUACUUUUGUUUAGAAUUUAGGCAUUAUUUUUCCCUUGCUUCCAAAAAAAAAAAAAUUAAAGAAACACUAAUGGCAACCCUUCGAGUCGACGAAAUUAAUAAAAUUCUCCGCGAACGUAUUGAACAAUAUAAUAGGAAAGUAGGGAUUGAGAAUAUCGGUCGCGUAGUGCAAGUGGGGGAUGGGAUUGCUCGUAUUAUAGGUCUUGGUGAAAUAAUGUCAGGUGAAUUAGUCGAAUUUGCAGAAGGGACGAGAGGUAUUGCUCUGAAUUUGGAAUCUAAAAAUGUUGGGAUUGUAUUAAUGGGCGAUGGGUUGAUGAUACAAGAGGGAAGUUUUGUAAAAGCAACAGGAAGAAUUGCUCAGAUACCCGUGAGCGAGGCUUACUUGGGUCGUGUUAUAAAUGCUCUCGCUAAACCUAUUGAUGGGAGAGGCGAAAUUGUCGCUUCAGAAUCUCGCUUAAUUGAAUCUCCUGCUCCGGGUAUAAUUUCUAGGCGUUCCGUAUAUGAACCCCUUCAAACAGGGCUUAUUGCUAUCGAUUCGAUGAUCCCCAUAGGGCGCGGUCAGCGAGAGUUAAUUAUUGGGGACAGACAGACUGGCAAAACAGCAGUAGCCACAGAUACAAUUCUCAAUCAAAAAGGUCAAGAUGUAAUAUGUGUUUAUGUAGCUAUCGGUCAAAGAGCAUCCUCCGUGGCUCAAGUAGUAACUACUUUCCACGAAGAGGGGGCCAUGGAAUACACUAUUGUAGUAGCUGAAAUGGCGGAUUCACCCGCUACAUUACAAUAUCUCGCUCCUUAUACGGGAGCAGCCCUGGCUGAGUAUUUUAUGUACCGCGAACGGCAUACCUUAAUAAUUUAUGAUGAUCUCUCCAAACAGGCACAAGCUUAUCGCCAAAUGUCCCUUCUAUUAAGAAGACCUCCCGGCCGCGAAGCUUAUCCAGGGGAUGUUUUUUAUUUGCAUUCACGCCUUUUAGAAAGAGCCGCUAAAUUAAAUUCUCUUUUAGGCGAAGGGAGUAUGACCGCUUUACCAAUAGUGGAGACUCAAUCUGGAGACGUUUCCGCCUAUAUUCCUACUAAUGUAAUUUCAAUUACAGAUGGACAAAUAUUCUUAUCCGCGGAUCUAUUCAAUGCCGGAAUUCGACCUGCUAUUAAUGUGGGUAUUUCAGUUUCCAGAGUAGGAUCCGCAGCUCAAAUUAAAGCCAUGAAACAAGUAGCUGGCAAAUCAAAAUUGGAACUAGCUCAAUUCGCAGAAUUACAAGCCUUUGCACAAUUCGCCUCCGCUCUGGAUAAAACAAGUCAGAAUCAAUUGGCAAGGGGUCGACGAUUACGGGAAUUGCUUAAACAAUCCCAAUCAAACCCUCUCCCAGUGGAAGAGCAGGUAGCUACUAUUUAUACCGGAACGAGAGGAUAUCUUGAUUCGUUAGAAAUUGAACAGGUAAAGAAAUUUCUGGAUGAGUUACGUAAACACCUAAAAGAUACUAAACCUCAAUUCCAAGAAAUUAUAUCUUCUAGUAAGACAUUCACCGAGCAAGCAGAAACCCUUUUGAAGGAAGCUAUUCAGGAACAGCUUGAACGGUUUUCCCUUCAGGAACAAACAUAAAUAUAGCAUGUCUACUCUUAUUAGUAUAACUCGUGUUAGUAGAAGAGGAAUCAAAGAUUUUUCAUUUGAAUCAUGCAAAAUUUUUUUUUCGUUUUUAGUAUAGUUAUUUAAAGAAUAGAUAGAAAAAAGAUUGCGUCCAAUAGGAUUUGAACCUAUACCAAAGGUUUAGAAGACCUCUGUCCUAUCCAUUAGACAAUGGACGCUUCUCUUUCUUAUUUUAUUCUUUCUUUUUUAUAUUUCAGAGAAAAAUAAAAAACUGUUAGACCGAAACUCUUUUAGGAAAGAAAACAAAUCCAUAUACCAUAUACAAAUGGAUGAUACAUAUAUCAUAAAGAAGGAAUAUGGAGCAGGUAGUCAGUAUCGAACCCGUAACCCCAAGGUUAUGAGCUUUGUGAGCUACCAAACUGCUCCACCUUCUUAGCGGGAAACUAGUGGGUUGGAUAGGCCCCUCUACCAUAUCUAUACAAAUAGAAUAGUCCAUUUAUACAGAAUGGUAAAGAGGGCUCUUCUACGAUCAUCAAUUCGAGAAAACCAUACAAAUAUGAAAGAAAGGGUAUUUUAUCCUUACCAACUGGAUCUUGUUGCACCCGGUAACAAACAUGCAUAAACCAUUUCUCGAAGUAUGUGUCCGGAUAGCCCAAAGUCUCGAUAGUUAGCUCUAGGUCUUCCGGUUAAAAAACAACGUCGAUGAAGGCGUGUAGGUGCACUAUUACGUGGUAGGGAUUGCAAUUUUUCUUGCAUUUUUGUUUUUUCGCUCAAACUCAAAGGGGAAACUUUGCUUCUUAUCUUUUUUUUUGAGGAUCGACGAAUCAAAUGAUAUUUUUGUUCUAAUUUCUGCCGCUUCUUCUCCCUCUGAAUCAAACUUUUUUUUGCCAUAAUGUGCCGUUCCUAUUAUUACCAAGUAUAUGGUUCUAAUCCUAGAUAGAAAAAUAAAUAGCAAAAAUCUAAAAAGGCGGAUCCUCCCUCUCCAUCAAGAGUAAUGAACUGGGUUCUGAUACAGUACAAAAAAAAAUAACUAAAUUAACCAAACUUGCCUGAUGUUGAGGCAAUCAAGAAAGCUGCAUAAGUGAAUAUAUAACCCACGGAAAAGUGGGCUAAUCCGACCAAUCUUGCUUGCACAAUGGAAAGAGCCACGGGCUUAUCUCUCCAGCGAAUUAAAUUAGCCAAAGGUGUCCGUUCAUGAGCCCAUGCUAAAGUCUCAAUUAAUUCCUGCCAAUAUCCACGCCAGGAAAUUAAGAACAUAAAUCCUGUAGCCCAAACAAGAUGUCCAAAUAAGAACAUCCAAGCCCAUACUGAUAAACUAUUCAUCCCAAAAGGAUUAUAUCCAUUAAUAAGUUGUGAAGAGUUUAACCAUAGGUAAUCUCUUAACCAUCCCAUCAAAUAAGUGGAGGAUUCAUUAAAUUGUGAAACGUUGCCCUGCCAUAAUGUAAUGUGUUUCCAAUGCCAAUAAAAAGUAACCCAUCCAAUGGUAUUUAACAUCCAGAAAACUGCCAAAUAAAACGCGUCCCAAGCAGAAAUAUCACAAGUACCGCCGCGCCCUGGGCCGUCGCAAGGAAAACUAUACCCGAAAUCCUUUUUAUCCGGCAUUAAUUUGGAACCGCGUGCAUCUAAAGCACCCUUUACUAAAAUCAAUGUAGUUGUAUGCAAACCUAGAGCAAUAGCAUGAUGAACCAAGAAAUCCCCAGGUCCUAUUGUUAAGAAAAGCGAAUUACUAUUCUCAUUAACAGCAUUCAACCAUCCGGGCAACCAUAUGUUUCGACCUGCAUUGAAAGCGGGGCCAUUCGUUGAAGAUAAGAGUAUAUCGAACCCAUAUGUCGUCUUACCAUGAGCAGAUUGUAUCCAUUGGGCAAAUAUAGGUUCAAUCAAGAUUUGCUUUUCUGGAGUACCAAAAGCAAGCAUAACGUCGUUAUGAACAUAAAGGCCCAAGGUAUGGAAUCCUAGGAAGAGGCUAGCCCAACUUAAAUGAGAUAUGAUAGCUUCCUUAUGGUCUAACAUUCUUGCCAAUACAUUAUCUUCAUUCUGUUCCGGAUUGUAAUCCCUAAUGAAAAAAAUAGCUCCAUGAGCAAAAGCCCCUGUCAUGAUGAACCCUGCAAUGUAUUGGUGAUGAGUAUAUAAAGCAGCUUGAGUAGUAAAGUCUUGUGCUAUGAAUGCAUAAGCAGGUAAAGAGUACAUAUGUUGAGCUACUAAGGAAGUAAUAACCCCUAAGGAAGCUAGAGCAAGGCCUAAUUGAAAAUGAAUCGAAUUAUUGAUUGUAUCAUAAAGGCCUUUAUGCCCACGUCCUAAUCGACCCCCCGGAGGAGUAUGUGCUUCUAAAAGAUCUUUGAUACUGUGCCCAAUUCCGAAGUUAGUUCGAUACAUAUGACCGGCAAUGAGAAAAAUAAAUGCAAUAGCUAAAUGAUGAUGAGCAAUAUCGGUCAGCCACAAACUUUGUGUUUGUGGAUGGAAUCCCCCAAGAAGGGUCAGAAUGGCAGUUCCCGCUCCUUGAGUGGUACCAAAUAAAUGAUUACUCGAAUCAGGAUUUUGGGCAUAAAGAUUCCACUGACCCGUCAGAAGGGGACCCAACCCCUGGGGAUAGGGUAAUACAUCUAAGAAAUUAUUCCAUCGAACGUACUCCCCCCUGGAUCCGGGAAUAGCAACAUGAACUAAAUGUCCUGUCCAAGCCAAAGAACUUACUCCGAAAAGUCCUGACAAAUGAUGAUUCAGACGAGAUUCGGCGUUUUUGAACCACGAAAGGCUUGGCUUCCAUUUGGGUUGUAGAUGUAACCAACCCCCUAUUAAGGAUAGCGUAGAAAGAAAUAAUAGAAAAAGAGCUCCAGUAUAAAGAUCUUCAUUGGUGCGCAAUCCAAUUGUAUACCACCACUGAUAAACCCCAGAAUAAGCGAUAUUCACUGGACCGGCAGCACCUCCUCGAGUAAAGGCUUCCACAGCGGGUUGCCCAAAAUGAGGAUCCCAAAUGGCAUGAGCAAUAGGUCUUACGUGUAAAGGAUCCUGUAUCCAUGAUUCAAAAUUUCCUUGCCAAGCUACAUGAAACAGAUUUCCGGACGUCCAUAGAAAGAUUAUUGCUAACUGCCCAAAGUGAGAAGCAAAAAUGUUCUGAUAAAGACGUUCCUCAGUAAUAUCAUCAUGACUUUCGAAAUCAUGUGCGGUAGCAAUACCAAACCAAAUACGACGAGUAGUGGGGUCCUGAGCUAAGCCUUGGCUAAACCUGGGAAAUCUUAAUUCCAUAAUGCCUUUCAAAUCCUCCUAGCCACUAUCCUACUGCAAUAAUUCUCGCUAAGAAGAAUGCCCAUGUUGUGGCAAUUCCACCCAGAAGGUAAUGGGUUACUCCUACAGCACGUCCUUGUAUAAUGCUCAAGGCUCUAGGCUGAGUAGCAGGAGCAACUUUUAAUUUGUUAUGAGCCCAAACGAUAGAUUCAAUGAGUUCUUGCCAAUAACCACGGCCGCUGAAUAAAAACAUUAAACUGAAAGCCCAGACAAAAUGAGCGCCUAAGAAAAAAAGACCAUAUGCAGAUAAUGAAGAACCAUAAGACUGAAUUACUUGGGAUGCCUGUGCCCACAAGAAAUCUCGAAGCCAACCAUUAAUCGUAAUGGAACUCUGCGCAAAGUUUCCCCCUGUGAUAUGAGUUACUAUCCCUUGAUCACUUAUAGUACCCCAAACAUCCGACUGCAUUUUCCAACUGAAAUGGAAAAUGACUACCGAAAUAGAAUUGUACAUCCAGAAUAGACCUAAGAAAACAUGAUCCCAGGCGGAUACUUGACAUGUUCCCCCUCGCCCAGGUCCGUCGCAAGGGAAGCGAAAGCCAAGAUUUGCUUUAUCAGGUAUCAGACGGGAACUGCGAGCAAAUAAAACACCUUUCAAAAGUAUUAAUACAGUCACAUGGAUGGUAAAUGCGUGAAUGUGAUGGACUAAAAAAUCUGCGGUUCCUAAUGGAAUAGGUAACAAAGCUACUUUGCCGCCUAUAGCUACUAACUCGCCGCCUCCCCACGUUAAGCUGGUACUUGUUGUUGCACCAGGAGCUGUUACGCCAGGCGCGCCAGCAUGGAUAUUUUGUAUCCAUUGAGCAAAGAUGGGUUGUAAUUGUAUGGCGGUAUCCGAAAACAUAUCUUGGGGACGGCCUAAAGCACUCAUGGUAUCAUUAUGAAUGUACAAGCCAAAACUGUGAAAACCCAGAAAUAUACAUACCCAGUUAAGGUGGGAUAUGAUUGCAUCGCGGUGUCUAAGGACGCGAUCUAAUAGAUCGUUGUAUCGAGUAGUUGGAUCAUAGUCUCUUACCAUAAAAAUGGCUGCAUGUGCAGCAGCACCAACUAUUAGAAAUCCGCCAAUCCACAUGUGGUGUGUGAACAAGGAAAGUUGUGUACCGUAGUCAGUAGCUAGGUAUGGAUAGGGGGGCAUAGAGUACAUAUGAUGAGCUACAACAAUAGUUGUAGAGCCUAGCAUAGCUAGGUUAAGAGAUAAUUGAGCAUGCCAUGACGUUGUUAGGAUUUCAUAGAGACCUUUAUGGCCUUGUCCUGUAAAUGGGCCCUUAUGAGCCUCCAAAAUAUCUUUAAGUCCAUGACCAAUACCCCAAUUGGUCCUAUACAUAUGACCAGCGAUCAGGAAAAGAAUAGCAAUAGCUAAAUGAUGGUGUGCAAUAUCGCUCAACCAUAGACCACCGGUUAUUGGAUCUAGUCCUCCGCGAAAACUAAGAAAUUCCGCAUAUUUGGACCAAUUCAAGGUGAAAAAAGGGGUUGCUCCUUCGGCAAAACUAGGAUAAAGUUGAGCCAAAAGGUCGCGAUUCAAGAUAAAUUCAUGAGGAAGUGGUAUCUCUUUAGGAUCAACCCCAGCGUCGAGAAAUUGGUUAAUCGGUAAAGAUACAUGGAUUUGGUGUCCCGCCCAAGAAAGAGACCCAAGUCCUAAUAAUCCCGCUAAGUGGUGAUUCAACAUGGAUUCUACAUCUUGGAACCAGGCCAAUUUGGGAGCGGCUUUGUGAUAAUGGAACCAACCGGCAAAAAGCAUUAACGAUGCAAAAAUCAAUGCACCAAUUGCGGUACAAUAGAGUUGUAAUUCACUAGUUAUUCCGGAUGCUCGCCAAAUCUGAAAAAAACCAGAGGUUAUUUGGAUUCCUCGGAAACCCCCGCCUACAUCACCAUUCAAAAUUUCUUGUCCUACUAUUGGCCAAACUACCUGAGCACUGGGUCCAAUGUGAGUAGGAUCGCUUAGCCAUGCUUCAUAAUUGGAAAAACGGGCACCGUGGAAGUACAUGCCACUCAACCAAAGAAAGAUAAUGGAGAGUUGGCCGAAAUGAGCACUAAAGACUUUUCGGGAGAUCUCCUCCAAAUCACCGGUAUGACUAUCGAAAUCGUGAGCAUCAGCAUGUAGGUUCCAGAUCCAAGUGGUAGUAUCGGGGCCCUUAGCUAUUGUUCUUGAGAAAUGCCCGGGUCUGGCCCAUUCCUCAAAAGAUGUUUUUAUAGGAUCCCUAUCCACAGCAAUUUUAACUUCUGGUUCCGACGAACGAAUAAUCAUUAAGUCCUCCUCUUUCCGGACAAGACAUACAAAGAGACCCGCCAACUGUCUUUUUAUUGAAUCUUUUAAAGAUAGAUAUUAUGAUUAGUCCUUUUCUUUACUAUCUACCGUCCUUCUAUUUUUUUUUUUUAGUUAUUCACUGGAGCAAUUAUAUAUUGAAGUCAAUCCGAGGCAAGUGUUCGGAUCUAUUAUGACAUAAGGAUUAGGUGCCUAACGGACAUUGGUUAUUCUGGAAAAUUAUUUCCCGACAUAACAAAAAAAUCUUUUUUUACGUUUUAAUUUAAGAAGCUGGUGUAUUUUUUUUCUGAGGGUAUAAGCCCCUAUCUACAUCUACUUUCCUUGAGUGAGCAUAAUAUAGAUUUUUUGAUUCGAUUCAAAAUUCCAAGAUAACUCAUUAGAAUUAUUAAUAAGACCGUCCUGAUAUAUUAGGUAGGAAUAUUUAGAUUGCCGAUUUUUAUGUACUUUAUUACUUCUGUUCCAGAGCCUAUCCCUAUUGUUUAUCCUUAUGAAAUAUGAUAUAAAAUUGAAGGUAGAAGAAAGGGAUAUAAUGAAAUUCUUGAUUUGAUUUUCAACCAAACCACCCUUUUUAUGAAAAUGGAGAGUGGUCUUAUUCAAAUUCAAAGCGCUUCGUAAUCUUUAACCAGUUCUGUGCUUCAAUAUAAUUUCCUGGAGUAAGCGCUAUAGCUUGUUUCCAAUACUCAGCAGCUUGAUCAAACCAAGCUUCCGCAAUUUCCGAAUCGCCCUGUAGAAUGGCCUGUUCUCCUCGGUUGGAAUAGGCAGUUCCUUUCCCUAGAACCGUACUUGAGAGUUUCCUACCUCAUACGGCUCAGAAAUUGCUAUCUUAAUUUCCCCUAUCUUAACUGAAUUCGAUUUCUCAAAAAUCAAUCCAAUUUCUUCUUGGGUUAAGCAGAAGAAGUUAAUUACCUAAGUUUCAAACCCUAAUUUUGAUCAAUAAUCAGUUUGAUCUUUUCUCCCACCUUCAGAAGAAUGAAGCAUAGAUAGACCUAUAUCCUUCGUUCGAAUUUUCUGAAAGGUAACUAUCUCGGUUUCGUUUCUUUCAUAUAUGAAAUUUCUAUAGAAUCCUGGAAAAAGACCUUUUUCCAUAAGAAAGAAAAAAGAACUUACUAUCUUUGGGAUCUGAUACUACACCGCUGCUUAAUCCCUUAGUGGAUCGGCUUUAUUACAUAAGCGGAUUCCUAAAUUUUGUCCCAUAUCGUGGUAUAAUGAAGCAGUUUUUUUUAGUUGUAUCGACCCAGUCGCUCACUAAUUGAUCUUUACGGUGUUUUCUCUAUCAAUUUCAGCUUUAUCCAUAGAAUAGUAGUAUAGGCUCUACUUUCUUCCUAUUUUGAUUCUCGUGAAGUGUCCUUCCUUCCUACAGCUGAUAGGGUAAAAUCGUUGUUUUGACGAUCCCUAUGUAGAAAGCCCUCUUUUCUAGUAUUCACUAGAAAAUUUCCUCCUUUCUUUUUUUUCUUCUUUCUAUAGUGGAGAUAGUCGCACGUAAUGACAGAUCACGGCCAUAUUAUUAAAAGCUUGCGGUAAGAAGGGGUUUCGUUCUAGCGCCCGGAAAUAAUAUUCCAAAGCCUUUGUAUGCUCUCCAUUGCUUGUGUGUAUAAGGCCUAUGUUAUAUAGUAUAUAACUUCGAUCAUAGGGAUCAAUUUCUAGUCGCGUAGCUUCAUAAUAAUUCUGCAAAGCUUCCGCAUAAUUUCCUUCGGAUUGAGCCAACAUCCGUUACGGUCGUUCAUUCUAUUCAAAAAAUCUCCGUUCCAAAACCGUACAUGAGGUUUUCAUCUCAUACGGCUUCUCCCUUCUAUACAUAGUACUAAGCGAAAAAUCUAUAGAAUAAAAAUCGAAUUAGUCCCAUCUCAUUAUGGACCGAAGGGGGCUGGUAUUUUUCCAAGAAAUCUCUAGCCAACCUUCCCCCAAGAGGUUUUUCUUAACACCAAUGAAUUAUAUUAAUGCUAGAGGAAAACGAUAGCUCCAAGAAUUUCUUUGUUCUCAACGCCUCCUAUUUAGAGGAAUUAGCCACUUCAACGACCUUUGAUGGUUAUAAGGGUAUCCAAAGUACAAACCUGAUGGUUGUUUGUUAUCCCAACCAUUCUUCCCAACCCUGAUACCAAUCAGGAAAGGGCUAAUUUCUAACAAAGUUUUUCUCUUGUUGAUUCCUAUUUCGUGGUGUAGUGCUUUUCUCCCCUAUGCUGCCUAUUGGUACUAGUAGAGUCGGAUUGCCCUGUAAUACAGAACCUAUCCUGUAGGUGUAACCUUUCGCUCAAUACUCAAAUCUACAAUUGAAGCAUCUGAGGCCACAUCAAUCGAGGAUACACGACAGAAGGAAUUGUUAGUUCACCUCACCUUCCCCAAGCGCGGGUUUCCUUUACUAAUUUUGUUCUCUCUAUGCGAACCCUCUCUCUUUCUCGUAAGAAUGAGAUAUAGGUAGGGCUAAAAAAAAAAAGAGUCAAAUCGCACCAUCUCUAUAAUAAGUAAAUGCCCUUUUUUCCCCGGAGGUUGUCGGAAUUAUUUGCAAUAAAAUAUUGGCUACAAUCGAGGAGGUCUUAUCAAUGAAAUUUCCAUUUAUACGGGAUCUAGGCAUAAUUCCCAACCCAUUCUAUAUAGAAUUCUUUUCAUUCUAUCACAAAAUAACAUAAAAACAAAACAUUCGAUUCUUAUAAAUCGAUCCAUAUGCUCUAAAUGGAUAAGAGAGAUAUGGAUUUUCCGCUCAGCUCAAAUUGUCUCCUUUUCCUUCUGUUUGGACAAGAAGAGAAGAGAUAUGAAAUAUUUGACUAAGACUGGAUUUCAUUCCACUUUCCUAUUUCUCAACAACAACUUCCCUCAUCAGCUAUUUCGCGUUUUCAAAGUCAUUAAUUGCCCCAUACCCCUUUUAUAUUUAGAUUGUAUGGCGUAAUGUACCUUAUGCAAAUGGAAUUCUAGGGUUCCUUUAUUUUCUUAUGGAAUAAGAAGAAUUCUUCCAUUCUCUUUUUAUUUUGGUUUUCCCCAAAGAAAAACUUUUCGAGGGAGCAGAAUUCCUAGUAAAAAAAUACAGGAUCCUUCCACUUAGAUGAAAAGGAAUUUUUCCAUCCAAUCCAAUAGAGCCAUGGAAUUCCCGAGCCGUUGUGGCUGUACCUGUACUGCAGGAAUACGAAAACUCGCUAUUCACUCAGUUUAUUUUCCAUAAUAAGAUUAUGUAGGAGAGAUGGCCGAGCGGUUCAAGGCGUAGCAUUGGAACUGCUAUGUAGACUUUUGUUUACCGAGGGUUCGAAUCCCUCUCUUUCCGUUUCUCUUAAUUCAUCAAUGUUAGCGAUCACAAUGUAUCAAAUUAAAUAACAAUUUAUUCCAACAAUAAUACCUUUAAUUAAUAGAAAUUCUCUAUAGCAAAUUACUGUGGUAUGUAAAAUACACAUCGAGGAAAUAACAAAAAAGAAAAAAGUAUCCUAGGGUUAAUCUAUUUCUGCUAGGUGAACGGGAAAAUACGAAUUAAGAGCCUUAGGUCGAUUUAGUUCGGGGAAAGGGGAAGGGGAAAAAAAUUCUAUGAACCUUUCCUUUUUUCGUUAAGUUCAAGUCUGGCGAGAAUAAUAUUCUACAACUAACAACUCAUUUAUUUUGAGACCGACCCACUUCCUAUCUAGAAUUUUUUUUACUAGUCCUUUAUAUUGCAAUGUGUCAACCGUCAAAUGCUUUGGUAAUUUGCCCGGAUCGGAUGAAGCAAUAUAAUUUUGAACCAAACGUUUUGAUCGUUGGUUAUCCUUCGUAGUAAUAAUAUCUCGGGGUUUGCAACGAAAGCUUGGUAUAUCAACUAUACGACCAUUAACUAAAAUAUGUCUAUGGUUAACUAAUUGUCGGGCCCCAGGAAUGGUUGAAGCCAUACCCAAUCGAAAAAGGAUAUUAUCCAAACGCAUUUCAAGUAAUUGUAGUAAAACCUGACCUGUGGAUCUUUUUGCUUUUCCAGCGAUAUGUACAUAUCUAAGUAAUUGUCGUUCUGUCAGACCAUAAUGAAAACGCAAUUUCUGUUUUUCUUGAAGACGAAUACGAUAUUGCUCUUUUUUCCCAGAAUGGAAUUUCUUUUUCUGAUUACUUCCGGAUUUAGGCGUUUUUCUAGUGAGUCCUGGUAAAGCUCCCAGACGGCGUAUUUUUUUUAAACGAGGCCCUCGAUAACGGGACAUGAAGACUCCUUUUUUAUUUUAUUGAAAUUUCAUUUUACACAAUAAAUUUCGUUCUAUUUACAUUACAGAAUACAGCGAAAUUCAAACAGAAUUAAACUAAAGGAUAAACAGAGUAAAAUCUACUAAAGUAACACAAAAAAUGGAGUAACACAAAAAAUGGAAUUUCAUCAACAUCUGGAUUUUUUGUAUAAUAUUAUUUAUUUUUAUGCUUUGUAUCUAGCAAAAUUGUAAGGUAAAACGACAUAAUAGACCCUGGAUUCCCCAUUUUAUUCGGAGAAAAAGAGAAAUUCUUGUUCAUAGAACAUCGAUAGAAAAAAAAGCCGACUAUCGGAUUUGAACCGAUGACCCUCGCAUUACAAAUGCGAUGCUCUAACCUCUGAGCUAAGUGGGCUUACAUAACAGAAAUAGUGUAACAAAUAAAAAUAUAUAUAGGGAAUCUGUAAAAUGUCAGAUCUUAAUUAUUAAUCUUAGUUAUUAACUAGUUCUAAAUUGGAAGUUCCACUUAGAUAGAAAAAAAAAAAUACUAGAAUUUCAUAAAGAUAAAGUUAGCUUGAUAUGCUUAACUAAAUGAUAUUCUUAAAUAGGAUUAUAGAAUUUAUUGAACUUUCUUUUUAUUUCUCUAAUUCGCAAAUGGAUUUUUUUAAUAGAAUCUAUUCCAAAUUCUAUAUUGAAUUUGAUUUCAGAUAUUUUCAAUUUGAUAUGGCUCGGAGGAAUAAUCUAAUACAUAGAAAAGAAGAAAAAGAAGAAUAUAUAUGAAUAAUAUAAUAAAGAGAAAAUGCCAAGAGAUUGGCAUUUUCAUUUGAUCAUUAUAUACAUUUUUGAGAUAUUUUGUUUUUUUAUUUGUUAAUAAUUUAAGGAUAAAUAGUUCACUAAGGAGAAGAUAGAAUCAUAGCAAAUGAAAUUUCUAAUUCAGUUUAGAAAAAAAGAAUGAAUAUCAAGCGUUAUAGUAUGAUUUGGAAUACUCUAAAAAAGGAAGGAGGGAGGCGGGAGAGAGAAAAACUUUUGGAUAUAUUCAUUCCGAUUGAAUUGCAAAUAUAUCAACGAUAAAAUCAAUGCAAUUCUGAAUUGCAAUAAGCGAGCGGGGUGUCUCAAAUAGAGAUGAGUUGCUAGACUACGUCGAAUAAUGAAUUCAAUGAUUCAAAAAAAACUAAGAGAUGGAUUAAAUUAUACAAGGAAUCCUGGUUUCAAAGAAAAGUAAAAUGGGGAUAUGGCGAAAUCGGUAGACGCUACGGACUUGAUUGUAUUGAGCCUUGGUAUGGAAACCUGCUAAGUGGUAACUUCCAAAUUCAGAGAAACCCUGGAAUGAAAAAUGGGCAAUCCUGAGCCAAAUCCCUUUUUUGAAAAACAAGUGGUUCUCAAACUAGAACCCAAAGGAAAAGGAUAGGUGCAGAGACUCAAUGGAAGCUGUUCUAACGAAUCGAAGUAAUAACGAUUAAUCACAGAACCCAUAUUAUAAUAUAGGUUCUUUAUUUUAUUUUUAGAAUGAAAUUAGGAAUGAUUAUGAAAUAGAAAAUUCAUAAUUUUUUUUUAGAAUUAUUGUGAAUCUAUUCCAAUCAAAUAUUGAGUAAUCAAAUCCUUCAAUUCAUUGUUUUCGAGAUCUUUUAAUUUUUAAAAGUGGAUUAAUCGGACGAGGAUAAAGAGAGAGUCCCAUUCUACAUGUCAAUACUGACAACAAUGAAAUUUCUAGUAAAAGGAAAAUCCGUCGACUUUAUAAGUCGUGAGGGUUCAAGUCCCUCUAUCCCCAAACCCUCUUUUAUUCCCUAACCAUAGUUGUUAUCCUUUUUUUCUUUUAUCAAUGGGUUUAAGAUUCACUAGCUUUCUCAUUCUACUCUUUCACAAAGGAGUGCGACAAGAACUCAAUGAAUCUUAUGCUAUUCAUUAAAUAGAUGAUUUCUUUUUUAUUUCUUUUUUAUUUAUUAGAGUAGAGUAUCGGCAAGGAAUCUCGAUUAUUAAUUCGUUUUUUUUAAGUAUUAUUAAGUAAGCCAUCCACAAUGCAUAGGACUACCCCUCCCCAUUUCCUAAUUUUGAAUGGAAUACUUUAUUGAUUUUUUAGUCCCUUUAAUUGACAUAGAUGCAAAUACUUUACUAAGAUGAUGCACAAGAAAGGGUCAGGAUAGCUCAGUUGGUAGAGCAGAGGACUGAAAAUCCUCGUGUCACCAGUUCAAAUCUGGUUCCUGGCACAGAAAAAAAGGAUCUACUGAAUAGAUAUUGAUACAAAUAUUUUGAGAUGGAUUGGGGUAAAUAUUUAUUAAAAAUCUACUUAGUCUUUAGUCUAGAGUAAGUAGAUAAAUCUCUAGAGUAAGUAGAUAAAUCUCUAAACACUUCUUUUUCUUUUAAAAAAAGGGUUUAAAUCUCUGGUUCUUUAUGGUAUAGAAAGAGGUGAGAUUAGGUGCCCUUUUCUUCAUUUUGCAUUUCUUAUUAAUUUUGUAUACCGCUAUUCCGAAGAAUAUAUUUUUUUUUAUUCUUGCUUAUCCUACUUUCCCAGUUGUUCUAAGUAAUAUGCGCGGUACAAAGUUCGUGGUAGGAACUUCUUUGAGUCAUUGUAUUUUUCUGUUCAUACGAAGGAAACAAAUAUGUGAUUUUCCAAAUUGGAAAAUAGAAAUGAAGCCCUUUUUGUUCAGUCUAUCUGGACCUUUUUGUAUAAUAGGAAUUAAUUAGAAUAUUAUAUUCUAAGUAUUUCGUUUCGUCUAGGAACAGAACGUCAAAAUAUUCCUUGACUUGAAUAAAAUCUGGAAUUGUGUUGUAUAAGU